GAACCAUCCAAGAAGAGAUCACAAAUAUUUUUGACCUCCUCAAAAAUCUAAGACUAUCAGUGGUGGAAAAGCUCCACAGAUAUUCAUGUUGUCGGAAAAACAGAUAUUGUAAAUCAGAGCUGAUUAUGCAUCAGAAGAUCCGCACUGGUGAAAAACCAUACAAAUGCUCCGAAUGUGGUGAAGCUUUUCACUACACUUCCCAACUUAUUCAGCAUAAAAGAACCCAUAUUGGAGAAAAGCCCUACCAGUGCCCACAGUGUGGCAAAAAGUUUAGUAAGCAUGCCACGCUGGUGAUACACAAGCGGACACACACUGGAGAGAAACCAUUUGAGUGUCCAGAGUGUGGGAAAAGUUUCAGUCGGAACUCUUACCUGGUGUUACACCAGAGAACUCACACAGGGGAGAAACCAUAUGAGUGUCCAGAUUGUGGGAGAAGUUUCAGUCGGAACUCUUACCUGGUGAUACACCAGAGAACUCACACUGGAGAGAAACCAUAUGCGUGUCCAGAUUGUGGAAAAAGCUUUAGUCAUAAUGCCUACUUGGUUAUACACCAGAGAACUCACACUGGGGAAAAACCGUAUGAGUGUCCAGAUUGUGGGAAAAGUUUCAAUAAUUAUUCUAACCUUGUGAAACACCAGAGGACUCACACCGGAGAGAAACCAUAUGAGUGUCUAUACUGUGGGAAAAGUUUCCAGCAGAAUUCCAAUCUGGUCAUGCACCAGAGGACUCACACAGGGGAGAAACCAUAUGAGUGUCCAGAUUGUGGGAAAAGUUUCAGUCAGAAAUCUUGCCUGGUGAUACACCAGAGGACUCACACUGGGGAGAAACCAUAUGAAUGUUCGGAUUGUGGGAAAAGUUUCAAUAAUAAUUCCAGCCUUGUGCAACACCAAAGGACUCACACAGGAGAGAAACCAUAUGAGUGUCUAUACUGUGGGAAAAGUUUCAGUCAGAACUCUUGCCUGGUGAUACACCAGAGGACUCACACAGGAGAGAAACCGUAUGAGUGUUCAGAUUGUGGGAAAGGUUUCAGUCAGAACUUUCGCCUGGUGAUACACCAGAGGACUCACACCAGAGAGAAACCAUAUGAAUGUCCGGAUUGUGGGAAAAGUUUCAGUCGAAACUCUUGCCUCGUGAUACAUCAGAGGACUCACACUGGGGAGAAACCAUAUGACUGUCCAGAUUGUGGGAAAAGUUUCAAUAAUAAUUCUAACCUUGUGAAACACCAGAGGAUUCACACAGGAGAAAAACCAUAUGAAUGUCCAGUUUGUGGGAAAAGUUUCAAUAUUCAUUGUAACCUUGUGCAACACCAAAGGAUUCACACAGGAGAGAAACCAUAUGAGUGUCCAGAUUGUGGGAAAAGUUUCAGUCAGAACUCUUUCCUGGUGAUACACCAGAGGACUCACACGGGCGAGAAACCAUAUGAGUGUCCGGAUUGUGGGAAAAGUUUCAGUCAAAACUCUAAUCUGGUGAUACACCAGAGGACUCACACUGGGGAGAAACCAUAUGAGUGUCCAGAUUGUGGGAAAAGUUUCAAUAAUAAUUCUGCCCUAGUGACGCAUAUGAGGACACACAUAGGAGAGAAAGAUUUCAGUUGGAAUUCCAACCUUGUGCAACAACAGAGGACUCACACGAGCGACAAACCACAUGAGUGUCCAGAUUGUGGGAAAAGUUUCCAGCAGAAUUCCAAUCUGCUUAUACACCAGAGGACCCAUACAGGAGAGAAACCGUAUGAGUGUUUAGUUUGUGGGAAAUGUUUCAGUCAGAAUUCCAACCUGGAGAGACACCAGAGGACCCAUACAGGCGAGAAACCAUAUAAGUGUCUCAAUUGUGGGAAAGGUUUCAGUCAGAAUGCCAACCUAAUGAUACACCAGAGGACUCACAUGGGAAAGAAACCCUAUAAGUGUCCAAAUUGUGGGAAAGCUUUCAGUUGGAAGUCUGACCUGGUGAGACAUCAGAGGAUUCACACAGAAUGAGUCCUUGGAUUGUGGGAAAAGUUUUAGUUGGCAUUCCCACCUGGUGGAAUAAUAGGAAACUGAAUGUCCCAGUUGUCAGAAAGCUUUCACAAGUAGGUCUAAUCUAAUAAAUUAUGUCAAUUUACACACAGAUCA